AUGAAAGCUGUAUCACUUCUCCUGGUUCUCGUUUGCAUAGUCGGUUUGGUCCAGUCUUGGACUUGGCCGUGGCAAAAGAAACCUCCGGUCAAAUUUCCAAUUCCAAGCCCGAAUCCUCGUGAUAAGUGGUGCCGUCUUAAUUUGGGGCCCGGUUGGGGUGGAAGGUGUUAAGAUAUGAGUAUUUCCGUUUAAUAUAAAAUAAACCCAAACCAA